CACAUCAAUCUGCUUUAUAUUUUCUUUGACAUUCUUCAAUGCACAUGCUCACUUCUUUAUACAUUAAAGACUGUGGGAGUAACGACCCAGAUCUCAAGCAGGAGAUGGAAAAACAAUUUGUGGAUCUUUUAACAGAGGAAUUGAAGCUUCAAGAAGCCGUUUCUGGCGAACAUACUCGCCAUAUGAACAUCACGUUAUUCGAGGCGAAAAGGGUAGCUUCUCAGUAUCAGAGGGAGGCUGAAAAGUGCAUUGCUGCAACCGAAACUUGUGAAGAGGCCCGAGAACGCGCCGAGGCUUUGACGAUCAAGGAAAGGAAGCUUACGUCAUUGUGGGAGCGACGAGCCCGCCAAAUGGGUUGGAUGGUGGAAUAAGUCUAUCAUUUCAAAGGCCACCCUCUUAGUUCAACUAGUCGUCGAGUCGAGUCGAGUAGAAGCUGGCAAGCGAAUUGCUUGGUUCAUCAAUCUUUCAAGGCAUGAUGUUCUUCUCUCUUUUCUUCUGUUGCACUUUUCCUGGAAACAUGUCGAUUCUACAUCAUAAUUCAUACAUGACAUGUUACAGACCCCGUUCUUCUGCAUUUGCUAUAUAUAUGUGUGAUCAUCCCCUCUCGAACCGAACCGUGACCACGUGACUUAUUAUCUAGGCGUUUCUGAUCUGUUCACGAACUCUAAUAGAAAAAACUAUGUUGUUGUU